AGGGGAAAAGCCCUCUUUACCCCCAACCCCAUGCAUACUUACCCAUGCCUGGAAGAGGGUGUAGCCACUAGCCUAGCGAGGGUCAGCAUGUGUCAAGGGUGGUGGCAACAGAUGGACUCAGGAAGCUUUCUACCCCAAGAUGGGCCGCAAGGCUUCCAGGGACUGGCCUGCCAACAGCUGGACUUGAUCACCAGCUUGCAAAGUGAGGUCAUGCAUCUGGUGGAAUAACAAGCAGAUUUUUCUCUCCGGCUGUGUUUAGAGGGUUUUCACAGCAGCUAGAAAGCAGAUCACCAACUGGACCCUUGAAUUUUCUUCAAGAAGCUCAGCAUAGGAUAUUCCACCCCUGGGUGGUUCGCAGGACAAUGAUGGCCCUUCUGCGAGCUUCUGCUUUCCUGGUUCUGCUCCUCGCGGCUUUUCUGCCCCCACCGCAGUGUGCCCAGGACCCUGCCAUGGUGCACUACAUCUACCAGCGCUUCCAGGUCUUGGAGUACAAAAAGGAAAUGAAGAGAGGAGUCAUGGCUUCUGAUGCAAGUCAUGCGCUGGAAGUGGCCCUGGAGCAAAUGGACGGGAUCAUUGCAGGCACUAGAACAGGCACGGACAUCAGUGAUGGCACCUGUGAGCCAGGCCUGGGCUCCCCGGCCUCCUACACGAACCCCCUCCCCGUGCUCCAUCUGGUCGAGGACCUGAAGCUGGCCCUGGAGAUGGUGGAGCAGCCCCAGGAGAGAGCAGCCCUGCUGAGUCAGAUCCCAGGCCCCACGGCCGCCUACAUACAGGAGAGCUUGUCCCAGGUAAAUCACCAUGGUGCUGCUAGUACUGAAACGUACCAGGAACGCUUGGCGCGUCUAGAAGGAGAUAAGGAGUCCCUCAUAUUACAGGUGAGUGUUCUCACAGACCAAGUGGAAGCCCAAGGAGAGAAGAUUCGAGACCUAGAAGUGUGUCUGGAAGGACACCAGGUGAAACUCAAUGCUGCUGAAGAGAUGCUUCAACAGGAGCUGCUAAGUCGUACAUCUCUGGAGACUCAGAAGCUUGAUCUGAUGUCUGAAGUGUCUGAGCUGAAGCUCAAGCUGGUUGGCAUGGAGAAGGAGCAGAGGGAGCAGGAGGAGAAGCAGAGAAAAGCAGAGUCAGUUCUGAAUGUGAUCAGUGAGCUGCAGGAGCAGAUGUGUAGGCUGCAGCUGGACAUCCACAGGCAGAUUCAAGAGCGCCUUGCACGCAGUAGGAGGCACCCUGAGGAGGUGGCGGCCCGCAGUGGUGCAGCCGAGCCCCAGGCCUGCAGCCAGGACUGUGCCUGUUGGGAGGGGUCACCUGAGUUACUGCAAGAGCUCAGGCACCUCAAAACCAAGGUGGAAGAGCUGGAAAAUGAACGGAAUCAGUAUGAGUGGAAGUUGAAGGCCACUAAGGCUGAGGUAGCCCAGCUACAAGAGCAGGUGGCCCUGAAGGAUGCAGAAAUUGAGCGUCUGCACAGCCAGCUCUCCCGGACUGCAGCACUCCACAGUGACCAUGCAGAGAAAGAUGAAGAAAUUCAGCGUCUGAAAAUGGGGAUGGAAACCUUGCUUGUUGCCAAUGAAGAUAAGGACCGUCGGAUAGAGGAGCUCACAGGGCUGUUAAACCAGUACCGAAGGGUGAAGGAGAUCGUGAUGGCAACUCAAGGUUUUCUGAGCACAUCAAAUGGUAGUGAUCAUCCCUUCACAUUGAUGCACCCAGGGCCUUCAGACAGAACUCUCUCAAUCAAUGAGGAAGAACUGGAGGGAAGUUUCAGAAAGUGGAACACUGCAAACAAAGGCCCUGAAGAAUUACUUACACCAGAGAUGCCUCCAAGAUGUGGCUCUCCCAUGGCGGGCCCACCUCCACUACCCCAGAAAUCACUGGAAACCAGGGCUCAGAAAAAACUCUCCUGCAGUCUAGAAGACUUGAGAAGUGAAUCUGUGGAUAAGUGUGUCGAUGGGAGCCAGCUCUCCCCAUCUCCCUUGAGAGACCCCGAGGACAGCCCUUUUCUGGUGGAGCACAAGUACCCCACAUUACCUGGGAAGCUUUCAGGAGCCACGCCUAAUGGAGAGGCUGCCAAAUCUACUCCUGCCUCCCAGCCUGACCCAGCGGGGAGCAGCCUUUUGAGGCUGAGAGACACAGAGAGUGGUUGGGAUGACACUGCCAUGGUCAAUGAGCUGUCAUCCACGUCAUCGGGCACGGAGUCGGGCCCCCAGUCUCCCCUGACACCAGAUGGUAAACGGAGCCCCAAAGGUAUCAAGAAAUUCUGGGGAAAAAUCCGAAGAACUCAGUCAGGCAAUUUCAACACUGAUGCGCCAGGAAUGGCAGAGUUUCGGCGAGGAGGGCUCCGAGCAACUGCAGGGCCUAGACUCUCCAGGACCAGAGACCCCAAGGGUCAGAAAAGUGACGCCAAUGCCCCUUUUGCCCAGUGGAGCACAGAGCGUGUGUGUGCAUGGCUGGAGGACUUUGGCCUGGGUCAGUACGUGAUCUUUGCCAGGCAGUGGGUGACUUCUGGCCACACUUUACUGACAGCGACCCCUCAGGACAUGGAAAAGGAGCUAGGAAUUAAGCACCCUCUUCACAGGAAGAAGCUGGUUUUAGCAGUGAAAGCCAUCAACACCAAGCAGGAGGAGAAGUCUGCCCUGCUGGACCACAUUUGGGUGACACGCUGGCUUGAUGAUAUAGGCCUCCCGCAAUACAAAGACCAGUUUCACGAAUCCAGAGUCGAUGGGCGGAUGCUGCAAUACCUAACUGUGAAUGAUCUACUCUUCUUAAAAGUCACCAGCCAACUACAUCAUCUCAGCAUCAAAUGCGCCAUUCAUGUACUGCACGUCAACAAGUUCAACCCCCACUGUCUGCACCGGCGGCCAGCUGAUGAGAGUAACCUUUCUCCUUCUGAAGUCGUGCAGUGGUCCAACCACAGGGUGAUGGAGUGGUUGCGAUCCGUGGACCUUGCAGAGUAUGCACCCAACCUUCGUGGGAGUGGUGUCCAUGGAGGUCUCAUUAUCCUGGAGCCACGCUUCACUGGGGACACCCUGGCUAUGCUUCUCAAUAUCCCACCACAAAAGACACUCCUCAGACGCCACCUAACCACUAAAUUCAAUGCCCUGAUUGGUCCUGAGGCUGAACAGGAAAAGCGAGAGAAAAUGGCUUCACCAGCUUACACACCACUGACCACCACCGCCAAAGUCCGGCCAAAGAAACUAGGAUUUUCACAUUUUGGAAACAUAAGAAAAAAGAAGUUUGAUGAAUCGACGGACUAUAUUUGCCCAAUGGAGUCCAGUGACCGUGUUGGUGAGAGUUACAGGGUGUACAGUGGCUACCGAGGCCUCAGCCCCCUUGAUGCUCCUGAGCUGGAUGGGCUAGACCAGAUGGCGCCUUCGGAAGGCACUGUGACGCAGAUAGGGCUCCUCUCCCAAGACAUUCACCGCCUGACGACCAUGUUGAGCCAGGACCAGCUGCUGAAUGACUCUUGCCUGGCUGCUCCCAACUCUGAGGACUGGAGAUGACUUUCUUCAUGGCUGGGAGCCCAGAGAGGCACGUGCGGGGGUCCCAAGCCUCUGCUUCAGUGGGAGCUGGCACCCAGCCACCUGCAGAGUGCAGAUGGGGGCUGGCAGGAGGGAAGCGGAGCUGUGGAGUAGCUGUUCCGCAGGCAGCCCCAGGAGCCCUAUGUUGUCAACCGUGCUGUGCUCUUCACAGCUUUUAUACCUUUUCCACUGUAUACGUGGACUGCAUACCAGCUCUGUGGGGAGGGCAGUGAGAUGUCAGCACAGACUCAAUGGCUGGUGCUCUUCCUUGUGGCAGUCGGGAGGUUCUUAUGCCAAAGCAGAAGGGCUAUGAGUUCAUAAAAGCUCUGCUGGAAAUUAGUUCUAAACAUUGUAUAGUGACUGAGCUGGGUGAAAUGAGAGGGAGCCCCUCCUUGACCGAAUCCAUGCAGAAGCACAUAUUUAUCUCCAGGGUGACAGCAGGUUAGGAACAGUGACUCCCUUCCCACUGCCUGGCUGCCGUCACCCUACCCUCAUCUGUAGGGAUGUGGCAGACUUGGUACCGCUGGGCUCCCAGUGUCAGAGCAGCGGCACCUCCAGCACCCCCUCAGGGCCGUGGCCCUCAGAAUAGCUGACAGGCAGGCAGAAGCCUUUCCCUCAUCAGCCUCAGACACAACUGUCUCAUCACAUGCUCCCCCGAGUGGAUGGCCCAUGGGCACCCUAAGCCAGCGUGUCCACUGCAACUCAGCAUCUUCUAGACCAGCCUGUUCCCUCUCAGGCGUUCCUGCCUCAGGGUGCGUUGCCACAUUCAGUCCUCUCCCAGCCAGUCUCCUGCUGGCGGUUGCCUGUCCUCUUCAUCCCUGUGACACUACUUCAGGCCUCACCUCUCAUCUGAUUUGCACAGCUAGUCUCCUAUGUGGCCCCUCACCUUUCCAGUUGGCUCCUCCAGACAUUCUCUACCCUAUUCCUUAGAGUGACUUUGUCAAAUUGGUUUUUAUCCUGUUACCUUUCUGCUAAGAACUUUAGUUCCAGAAUCACCACAAUGCAGUUCCAGAACCCAGAGUCAAAGAUCCCUGCACCCAGGCCCUUCUGAAUCUUCAGCCACACAAACUGCGCUGUAGCCUGUGCUCCUUCUCACACGGUAGGAUGUACUGUCCCCUAACCCCAUCACUGCUCAGUAACACCCCUCCUCUAGUUGUGACAACCAAAAAUGUCUCCAGAUGUUGCUGGGGGCAAAACUGUCCCUAGUUGAGAACCACUGGGCCAGGGAAUGGGGUGAAAGUGAGGCCAAGGUAAGGAAAAGUGAGUCAGCUGGAGCCAGAUGAAGGAAGGCCUAGAAGCCAGGCCCCUGUAAUUUAUGGGGGAGACACAGGCAAGGACUAGUGAAAGCAGUGAGAGGCUCACAGCAGAAGACAGGCAGGGUAAGAUUCGUGUUUAAGAAAACGGGAGGAGGUGGGGAAGAUGGCAGUGUAGAAAGAACCUGACCCCACCUCCUCCCACCUACACACUGACGCUAUACCUACACAUAGAGCAGGUCAGCCCGUGAAAGAACUGAGGCCUGAGCGAGCACCUGCUGUGCAAUGAGGGACAGAAAGAUCUUAUAUAAAAGAACAGGAGAGGUGGAGACAGGGUAACAGCAGGAACCCCAGCCCAGUGAUGUGCAGUGGGGAGGGAGAAUGCUAUGGGACCGGGUGGAUUUCCUGCCCAGGGAAACAGAUUAACAGCUGCACUUUAAGGUUCAUCUGGAUUAUGAGUGAAAAAAUCCAAUUUUCAAAGGUAAAAAGCACCCGUGUUUGGUGGGGGAACUGUUGGAACUCUCUCUGGGAUCAGAGGUGCUGGUGAGUGCCAAAUUUGCAUUCCUUCCACAUAUUCAUAGUGCAACUGGGAGCAGGGUCCUGCAUGCACAGCAGUUGGACCCCUGAUCUAGGCAGCCUCCCAGUCUCUGCAUACCCCCAUUCCUGCAGGAGAUCCAGCAGUCCCGUAGGGCAGCACUAGCAGUGGUGCUUGCCCAAGCUCACACUGCCUGUGCCCACCUGUCACCCAGCGCCCACUGGAAGAUCCCCAGAGACUGCACCAGCCCCUCCUGGCACCAACUAGGGAGUUCCCCAGAUGCAUCCCUAGGCUGCUGUUCGCCCACCACCCAGGAGCCCUUCAGACCUCAAUCCCCUGAGACACAUGUCUCCUGUUCAUCUGGCCCCAAGCCAACACCACCAGGCACACAGUCUACACAGGGGACCUCCCUGCACAACGGCAACCCUUCAAGACUGGGAGAGGGGGCCCUUUAAACUAAUUCACAGAAUUAAGCACAGAAAGUCAAAAUGGAACAGAGGAAUAUGUUCUAAAUGACAAAACAAGGCAAAAUUUCAGAAAAAAACUAAAUGAUGGAGAGCUAACCAACCGACCUGAAAAAGUAUUCAAAGCAGUGGUUACAAAGAUGCUCACCAGACUUUAGAGAAGAAUGGAUGAGUUCAGGGAGGACUACAACAAAGAGAGAAAACAGAAAAUAACCAGAGGUGAAGAAUAAUAAAUGAAAUGAAAAAUAUACCAGAGAGAAUCCACAACAGAUUAGAAGAUGCAGAGGUAUGAUCAGUGACUUGGAAGACAGCAUAAUAGACAAGCAAUCAAGAGGAACAGGAGAAGGAAAAAAUAAAAUUGAGGAUAGGUUGAGGGAGCUCUGAGACAACAUCAAUGUCUUAAUGUUCACAUUAUUAGAGUCCCAGGCAGAAGAAAGGGGGUAGGAAACUUGAGAAAAUAAUAGCUGAAAAUUUUCCUAACCCAGGAAAAGAAACAGACAUCCACGUCCAAAAAGGACAGAGAGCCCCAAACAAGAUGAUCCCAAGGAGGUACACAAUACAAUGAUUAAAUUGUCAAAGAUUAAAGAUAGGAGGAGGCAGGUCCAGGAUGGCAGCAUAUAAAGAACCUGAACCUACCUCCCACAUACACAUAGAAGCUACACCUAAACACAGAGAAUUCAUCCUGAGAAAACACAGGCCUGAGUAAACACCUUCUACACAAGGGAUAAAAAGACCACAUAAAAAUGUCAGGAGAGAUGGAGGCAUGGUAACAGAGGAAACCCUACUCCCAAUGCAGCCUUGACAUAGAUGAAUCACUUAAAACCUACUAUUUCUAAAAAUAAGGUAAGGGAAUCACUAAAAGGUGUUAAAGACAACAUCAUACAUAAAACACAGAGGAAGGGGAGUAAAAGUAGUGCUGUUAGAAUGUCUUCAAACUUAAGCAACCAUCAACUUACCAUAGAUUGCUAUAGAUGUAGGAUGUCAUAUGAACCACAUGGUAACCACAGACCAAAAACCUGUAAUAGAUACAUAAAAAAUAAAGAGAAGAGAAUCCAGCCAUAACACUAAAGAAAGUCAGCAUGCAUAAGGAAAGGGAGCAAGAAAGGAAGAAAGGAUCAGUGAAUGAAAAAAAAAUCAGGAAACAUUUAACAAAAUGACAGUAAGUACAUACCUAUCAAUAAUUACUUCAAAUGUAAAUGGACUAAAUAUUCCAAUCAAAAGACAAAGGGUGACUGGAUAAAAAAUAUAAGACCCAUCUAUAUGCUGCCUCCAAGAGACUCACUUCAGACCUAAAGACACAGACUGAAAACUGAAAGGACAGAGAAAGAUAUUCCAUGCAAAAAAAAUUUUUUUAAAGGCUGGAGUAGCAGUACUUAGACAAAAUAGACUUGAAAACAAAGACUGUACCACGACACAAGGACUUUUUAUAAUGACUGGAGGCUGAAUCCAGAAAGAAGAUGUAAGAAUUGUAAAUAACUACACACCCAACAAAGGAGCACCUAAACACAUAGAGCAAAUAUUAACAGACAUAAAGGAAGAAUUUGACACUACUACUAAAAUAGUAGAGGAUUCCAACACCCGACUUACAUCAAUGGAUAGAUCAUCCAGAGAAAAAAAAAAAAUCAAUAAGAAAACAGUGGCUCUGAACUACACAUUAGACCAAAUGAAUGUAAUAGAUAUAUACAGAACGUAACAUCCAAAAACAGCAGAGCACUCAUUCUUCUCAGGUGCACAUGGAACACUCUCCAUGGCAGAUCACAUCUUAGGCCACAAAACAAGUCUUCAUAAAUUAAAGAUGACCGAAGUCAUACCAAGCAUAUUUUCUAAUCUGGAAAAAAACACACAUGUGGAGGCUAAACAGCAUUCUACUGAAUAAUUAACUGGUCAGUAGAGAAACUAAAGAGGAAACUAGACAGUACUUGGAGAAUAAUGAAAAUAGAAACACAACAAUUCAAAUCUUUUGGAUGCAGCAAAAGCCAUCCUAAGAUGGAAUUUUACAGUGUCAUAGGCCUACCUCAAGAAUGAGAGCAAAAAAAAAAAUGAAACUAAAAGCUGAUUCUUUCAAAAGAUAAACAAAACUGAUAAACCUUUAGCUGGAGUCAUCAAGAAAAUAAAGGACUCAAAAUCAGAAAUGAAGAUGAGUUAGAACUGACACCACAGAAACAUGAAUUAUAAGAGAUUACUAUGAAAAAUUAUAUGCCAACAAAUUGAACCUAAAAGAAAUGGAUAAAUUUCUAGAAACAUGCAAUCUCCUAACAUUGAACUAGGAAGAGAUAGAAAAUCUGAAUAGACCAAUUGAUGGUAACAAAAUUGAAGCAAUAAUAAAAAAAAAA